AUGAAUCUAUUUAUUUUACUGUGCAUAUCCUUAUGUCCCGCACCAAUUUGGACUGCAUCAAAAACUGUUAUUAAAACUACUGAUAAAAAUGUACAGAAGAAUAAAACUGUUGAUCAAAAGAAUAAACGUGAAGCAGCAGCUCCCAGUAAAAAUAAUUACCAUGGGCCUUCACACAAAUACUUACCUCCGAGCUCUGUAGGUGGAUAUGAUCUAUACAGUACUCAGCAUAGUAACUCAGUUGGGGCGGAAGGUAAUGAUAUCACUACUGAUGUCGGUGGGAGGCAUUAUGAUGGAAAUGUUAAAACAUAUAUUGUAGAACAUAUAAGAGAAGCAGGUGGUGUCAGUGGAAACGUUGAAGGUAGUUAUUAUUAUGGUAGUUCGGACUCACAUGGUUCACUAAUGGGUGGUACAGCAGCAUUGGUUGAUACUAGUUUCGGUGGUUAUGGACAUAAUUUAGCUCAAGGUAAUCAACACGGUCAGAGUGGACAAAAAUUUCAAUCAUUUGUAAUACCAGUACAAAAUCUGAAUACUGUCCAGGGAAGUAUUCUCAAUAACGUAGGCACUAGCCAUGCUGGCAAAGGUGGUUUUGGUAGUGUCGAUCAUUCGCAUGGUAAUGAUAUAACCAGACAUUAUUCGUUUGAUGAUAGUUUACAUACACAUGGUGAGUUGGCAAGACAUUUCUCACAACAACCUGUCAGCAACUAUAAAAAUUCAAUCAGUAUCGACAGUUCUACCAGAUUUGGUCAUGUAGAUGACAUUGGAGCCGGAUUUAUUCACUCUGCCAAUAAUUUAGUUGCCGGUAUAUCUAAUAAUUUUGGAGGCGAACACUCUAUAGGCAGUUACAAGCCGAACAUUAUUCAUAAUGCACAAAAUUCCCCCGCGGAUCUUUCAUCCAAAUCCAAAUAUUACGACCGUGCAAACUUUUACUCUACCACUUUAUUAAAAGAUGAAACGCCAAUAUAUGCAUUGGGUCAUAAAGGUCUUGGUCAUUUCAGUUACAUAUCAAGUAAGCCACAAGGGCUUAACACAAAUUUCAUUGGUUCAACACACUCAAGAAGAAGUUUUAAUGGACAUUCGAAAGCAUUAUUUAAUCCAACUGCAUAUGUAGGCCUCACUUUUAAAGGUAGCAAUGAUUACAAUUUAAUCUCAAGUAGUUAUAGGCCGCAAAUAUUAAGUUAUGCAAUACCUCAAUCUUCUGGGUACGACUACCAGGCACCAACAAAUGAAUAUACUUUACCAACAGACUCAGCAAAAACAGUUUCAUCCAUACAUAAACCUGAAUCUUCAUACAUUCGUCCAACAGCACCAGAAACUAGCUAUCGCCAAUCCACCAGCUUCUAUAAUCCAUUGUAUCAUUAUUAGCUAUUCGUC